AUGAGAGUAGGAACGUCGAUGGGUGCUGAGAGUAGGGAGAAGGGUGAUGAGAGUAGGGAGAAGGGUGAUGAGAGUAGGGAGAAGGGUGAUGAGAGUAGGGAGAAGGGUGAUGAGAGUAGGGAGAAGGGUGAUGAGAGUAGGGAGAAGGGUGAUGAGAGUAGGGAGAAGGGUGAUGCGAGUAAGGAGAAGGGCGAUGAGAGUAGGGAGAAGGGUGAUGAGAGUAGGGAGAAGGGUGAUGAGAGUAGUGAGAAGGGUGAUGCGAGUAAGGAGAAGGGUGAUGAGAGUAGGGAGAAGGGUGAUGAGAGCAUGGAGAAGGGUGAUGAGAGUAGGGAGAAGGGUGAGGAGUGUAGGGAGAAGGGUGAUGAGAGUAGGGAGAAGGGUUAUGAGAGUAGGGAGAAGGUCGAUGAGAGAAGAAGGGAGAAGGGUGCCGAGAGUAGGGAGAAGGGUGAUGAGAGUAGGAAGAAGGGUGAUGAGAGCAGGAAGAAGGGUGAUGAGAGUAGGGAGAAGGGUGAUGAGAGUAGGGAGAAGGGUGAUGAGAGUAGGGAGAAGGGUGAUGAGAGUAGGGAGAAGGGUGAUGAGAGUAGGGAGAAGGGUGAUGCGAGUAGGGAGAAGGGAGAAUGGAGAUGA